AUGCUAUUCCUACGAGCUGAAAGCGCAAAGGUUGUGUGUAUUUUUGUCUAACCAUUGCUAUUUUUGCACUCUGAUCAUAUGGAAUCAGAAAGUAAAAGCAUUGGUUAGACAAAAAUACCGACGACCUUUAGGCUUUCCAGCUCAAAAUACAAGCAAACGGCAAAUUGGAAAAGAGAAGGAAGUGGGCCCUAUAGGGCUGUCGCGCCCCUAAGCGCCUACCAACCGGCACGAAAGCGCGCGGUUUUGGGCGCUUCUAGUGGGCGCUUAGUCGCCUCCUAGCAUAGAGGAAUGAAACCGAAUUUGAAAAAAAAAAUCUGCUAAUAAUUAGCCAUCGAAAAUAUUGUCAGAAAAAGUAUCUGUGGAAGUUAUCCUAUCCGUAAAAGCGUUUAGAUUAUAUAUAAAAAAUAGCAACAACGCUUUGAAAAACAAAAAAUACCAGAAAAAAUUUAAAGAGAUUCUCAUAUAGCCUGUGUACCACGACUUGGAAUUUCACCAAACGACGUUCCGCUGUGCCGCUGCGCUCCUUUGCGAACCUUGGUCGCGCUUGAAAUUUUUUAAGGUACUCUACUUCCAAGUGCUCCCACAGCAAUAACAAUCAAUUGAAAGCGUGACUUAGAUUCGAAAAAUGCUUCGCGAACACACGCAGCGGAACAGCGGAAUGUCGUUCGGUUAAAUUUCAAGUCGUGGCACACAGACUAUAUCGUUUAUUGCUCAAACCCAUUUUCUUCGACAUUUUGAAUUUGCUCCUUUUUUUGACUUUAUUUUUUCACAUACUUUUUUUUCUUUUUUUAAGAAAUAAAAAAAAAGACGGUUUAUUUGCUGUUCUGAGCAUUCAUUCAAAGGGCUGUUAAAAAGUAUUGUUAAACAAAAUUUAACCAUUUUCAUUUUUCAGUUCCUGUGCUCUUGGUGUAAUUACCUGAUUACGGAUUUCGCGGAGUUCUAUCAACAUAUUCUCUACAACGAGAAACAUUUGAGCAAUGUUAGUUGUUUUCCUUUGUUUUUAUUUAUCUUUCUUUGACUCCAGAUCCGUGCUGUUUUUCUUGAGGACAUAUCUUACCAUUUGCAAUUUCUCAGGUAUUAUCGGGUUUUAAUUUGAACUUCAACGUCUUUUUUUUUCCAGAAGGCAGCUAUAUUCGCCUUUGUUGCAAGAAUCCGAGAGCAAUGUGAAGACGUUGAGCAGUAAUUUCAUUUUUUGCUUAGAAUUUGUUGUAAAAAAAAAUUAGACAAAAAAUUUCCAAACAAGCGAAACCCCACAUGUCAUACUUGUUUUCGAAAAACCGUUUUUGGUGUUUUUGACCAAUUUUGUCAUUUUAUGCGUCAAAACUAAAAUCAAUAUGCUCUUGGCGGAUUAAGAUCAGAAAACUUCAUUAUCCGAAAUAUUGUUUCUGAAAACACUACAAAGAAAAAGCUUGAAAUAUUAGAGAUGGAGUAUAACUUUGUGUAAUUCAGAGAAGCAGUUUAUGAAGUAGGUUUUCUCUAUGUUGUCCUUUUUUUGAUCCAAGGUGCAUCGUUAUUAUGAAAAAAACUAAUUCGAAAAAUUCCGCGGUGAAACAAUUUUUUUGAAAUGCAUGGACUCAACAUUUAAUAGACCAUUUAGUCUUUUUUCCCGACUUGCGCGGUGGAAUCAGAUUGGAAAUGUGCUUUCUGCGAUUGUGACGCGACUUUUGGUUGGAAAUUUGGGUUCAAACGCGAGAAAUCUUUAUGCGUUUCUUUUACUCACUAUUUUGCGUUUUAUUUUCAAUUGUAAUGGCAUUGUGAAUCCAGUUAAAAAAAUUAAUUUUUUUAAAAAAAGGCCUUCAGAAGGAUAAUAUUUAAAAAAAGUGCCUUCAGAAGGAUAAUAUUUUUUUAAAAAAAGGCUUUUUUUCUUUCGUUUUCUAAAAAAACUCGCAGUUUAAUCGGCAUUUCCGGCGAAAAGCCUGGUCGCGACCAGGGCUGUGCGGCAAUCGAUUGCCGGUUUGCCUAAAUUGCCGGUUUUGCCGGCUUUUUCUAGAGUUUUUGAAUUGCCGGCUGACCGGCAAUUUCCGCAGGGAAUUGCCGAAAAUUUUUUGAAAUAUAUUUUCGAUUUUUGGACUCUUCAAAGCUCCAUAUUUCUAAGAAAGUCUUCGAAAAAGUGUGUAGGAUUGGUGUAGGAUUGCGUCUUUCUGCUACUUGGCGCGUUUUAACCUCAAACUUCUCGAAAAUUUUCAUUCGAAUCAUCAGUUUUUCACGUUUUUUUAAGCAUUGAAGUUAGUUUUGUUUAGUUUUGUUUUCAGGUUCACGUAGUUGUUGGAAACUAAAUGUAAGUAACCUUCAGAAUGAAAGUUUUUCAAGAUUUUUGGAAGGUUCAUUCCAAUUUCGAAUUUAUUUUAUGUGAAAGUUAUGAAAUGUUUUAGCAAUUAUGUUAAGCAAAAUCUAUCCUACAUUUAACAACAAAAAACCGAUUGAAAAACUGUUCAGAAAUGCGUAAAAUGAAUUUAAGACCUACAGGGACCCGUCUGGUUUGCACUGCGCCUUCUCGGUUAGCCAUACUAGACCAUUUUUCACUCAUCUUUCUAUUUGAUAAAAUGAAAAAGGCUAUUUUUGACAUUAAUAGAUAGAAAACUACAGAAAAAAAGACUUUUUACUUAAAAAACGGAUAACCGCUAUCGGUGUAUGCACAAUUUAAACCUACAGUGUGCAAACCGGACGGGCUGAACAGAUGCGGCGAGUAAACUGUGAGAUUAAGCCUCCUGUUCUAGAAUUAUUCAACUGAUAACUGGAUUGAAAUCAUAUUAUCUAUGAAUUAGUUCAUUUUGCUGCCUUUUGCCAAAAAUUGCCGAAAAAAAAUUUAAGAAAUUGCCGGUCUUGCCGGUCUUGCCGAAAAUAUCGAUUGCCGCACAGCGCUGGUCGCGACCGCAAUAAAAUCCUGUCAACCUGCCUCUAUCGCCAUUAAAUUUACGUGAAGUUAAUUUCACUUCGAAAACGAACUUUUUAAGAAGCGCAAAUCGCAGAUAACUUCCAAAAACUGUGCCGAAAGUUGAAAGUGCACUCAACAGAUCUUCCGCCUUCUCGUAAUUCGUUCUUUCUUCAUUUUGUUGUAAGUUUUUGCAUAAAGUCUAAAUUUAAAAAAACUUGUAUAUGAUAAUGCACGUUUUUUUUUCACAGAAGAAGUGUGCCAUUUGCAAUGUAUCGCUUUUGGGCAGGCCAAGUGUUCUGGAACACCUUUGCAACGAUACUCACUAUAAAAAAGUAGGUGGACGAAUUUCAAUUUUUUUUUGCAGUCACUUUUGAUUAUUUGUUUUGAAGUCUGGAGAUUAGAUAAAAUCUUGGCUUCAAAAUGUGAGAGAAAGUUUGUGAAUGUCGUUUCAGUUGCUGGAAGCAAGAGUCACCGCCAAAGAUUUUGCGUUUUGGAAUUCAAUGUUCUCUUAG